UCAUUUGCAUCUUGCCGAAAGCCGGCCUCCCCGCUGAUUUGCAUAUCUUAUAUGGCCUAAUGGUGGCGAUCAUGGCCAGUUAGAAGUUUUCUGACUUCUCGGAGGAGACUCCGGGACCCCGGGGAGUAACAGGUGUCUGGAGGCUGAAGGGUGGGGGGCUUCCUGGACUUGGGGUUCGUUUGUGAAACUCCCCACCACCCUCUUCUCUCGCACCUACAUCCCCCCCCUUCCUUUUCUGUCCUUGGAAAAUGGUGUCCAAGCUCACGUCGCUGCAGCAAGAACUCCUGAGCGCCCUGCUGAGCUCCGGCGUCACCAAGGAGGUGCUGGUCCAGGCCUUGGAGGAACUGCUGCCCUCCCCGAGCUUCGGGGUGAAGCUGGAGACCCUGCCCUUGUCCCCCGGGAGCGGGGCCGAACCCGACACCAAGCCGGUCUUCCAUACUUUAACGAACGGCCACGCCAAGGGCCGCCUGUCCGGGGACGAGGGCUCCGAGGACGGGGACGACUAUGACACCCCUCCCAUCCUCAAGGAGCUGCAAGCGCUCAACACGGAGGAGGCGGUGGAGCAGCGGGCGGAGGUGGACCGGAUGCUCAGUGAGGACCCCUGGAGGGCUGCCAAGAUGAUCAAGGGCUACAUGCAGCAGCACAACAUCCCCCAGAGGGAGGUGGUCGAUGUCACGGGUCUGAACCAGUCACACCUCUCACAGCAUCUCAACAAGGGCACUCCUAUGAAGACCCAGAAGCGCGCCGCCCUGUACACCUGGUACGUCCGAAAGCAGCGGGAGAUCCUCCGACAAUUCAACCAGACAGUCCAGAGUUCUGGAAAUAUCACAGACAAAAGCAGUCAGGAUCAGCUGCUGUUUCUCUUUCCAGAGUUCAGCCAACAGAGCCAGGGGCCUGGGCAGUCCGAUGAUGCCUGCUCUGAGCCCCCCAACAAGAAGAUGCGUCGCAACCGGUUCAAGUGGGGGCCCGCAUCCCAGCAAAUCUUGUACCAGGCCUACGAUCGGCAAAAGAACCCCAGCAAGGAAGAGAGGGAGGCCUUAGUGGAAGAGUGCAACAGGGCAGAAUGUUUGCAGCGAGGCGUCUCCCCCUCCAAAGCCCACGGCCUGGGCUCCAACCUGGUCACUGAGGUCCGUGUCUACAACUGGUUUGCAAACCGCAGGAAAGAGGAAGCGUUCCGGCAGAAGCUGGCCAUGGAUGCCUACAGCUCCAACCAGACGCACAGCCUGAACCCCCUGCUCUCCCACGGCUCCCCCCACCACCAGCCCAGUGCCUCUCCUCCCAACAAGCUGUCAGGAGUGCGCUACAACCAACAGGGAAACAAUGAGGUCACUUCCUCCUCUACAAUCAGUCACCAUGGCAACAGCGCCAUGGUGACCAGCCAGUCUGUUUUACAGCAAGUCUCUCCAGCCAGCUUGGACCCAGGCCACAAUCUCCUCUCACCUGAUGGUAAAAUGAUCUCGGUCUCAGGAGGUGGUUUGCCCCCCGUCAGCACCUUGACGAAUAUCCACAGCCUGUCCCACCAUAACCCCCAGCAAUCUCAAAACCUCAUCAUGACACCCCUCUCUGGAGUCAUGGCCAUUGCACAAAGUCUCAACACCUCCCAAGCACAGAGCGUCCCCGUCAUCAACAGUGUGGCCGGCAGCCUGGCAGCCCUGCAGCCGGUGCAGUUCUCCCAGCAGCUGCACAGCCCUCACCAGCAGCCCCUCAUGCAGCAGAGCCCAGGCAGCCACAUGGCCCAGCAGCCCUUCAUGGCGGCUGUGACUCAGCUGCAGAACUCACACAUGUCCUCUCCAAGCCUGGUGAUAUCCACACAUCACUUACUUUGUGCACAGCAACAAGGAUCCUAUUUUCCACACCAUCACUCUCUGGGCAGCUGUCAUGGAAAAGCCCAGUGGCCUGACAAGCACCUGCAAGAGGUCCCUGCUUACCUGACAUCCUGCCGGUACCUCGGACAAUCCGUUCGCAGGAGGCGCAGCCCGAAGCCCAGCUUCCCUUCCAUGCAGUAUUGUCAUGAUGCCUCUCCCAAGAUGUCAAGUCCUCCCGUCCGACCCAGAGGUGGGAGAAGAAACCACGGAAGAGGAAGAGAGAAAGCCGUAGUGUCUACAUUAUGCUCCUUCAUCGAACAAACUGAUGUGAAAACUUGAAUCUGUUACUGAAAUGAGGAGAGGAGGACACGUGCUAUAUUGAACUGAGCCAAACACACUGUAAAUAUCAGCACUCCCUCCCCCACCCCAUCCCAACUGAUCCUGAGAUUUCUUUUAAAGAAGUAAAUUUGUCCAAUGGGUGUAAACUAUAAACUACUGUAAUUAAGUGCAAUUUCCCCUGCACUUCCUUGCCCCUCUGCCGUGUAUAUAAUACUAAAGUAUCUAUUAGUUUUCUUUGUAAAGGUCAGAGUUGAAUUUUUCAAAGUGAUUUCCCCCCUUUUCCUUCCCAUAUGGAGAAAUACCCUACAUCGGAAGUGCAGCCUUUGCCCCUCUCUCAUGCCUGUACACGCACAGGGACACUGUGUAUUUUGGACUGACUGCCCGCUAACUCCAGCCUCCUGAUGUUAAGACACACCUCUGGAUCCCUGGAGGGGGCCGAACAUAGUGUCAGAGUAACGUCCUAGCGUCUGGUGGGGCUAAGGGUUCAGCCAGUGCACCCCCAAGAAACCCCAAGGCAGGGAAACUGGCUGUUUGAUAGCAUAAGAAAAAGUUGUCCUUUCAGAAAGCCUCCCAUUAAAACUAUUUUAUCACU